CUGUUGAAAGGGUACUGAAGAAGAGGCCGAUUAACAUAAAGAAGAAAAUCGUCGAUAUAGAGCCGUACCAUACCCCGUAUACUGUCGAGCUAAAAGGAUCACCUCUGACUUGGACUUCGAUAGACGAACCAUCUAAAUGUUUGGAAAAAUCAUAUGGUGAAGUCUUAUGCAUUACAUUCUCAUCACAAGAAAGUGGUACCAUGUUUGUUACAUUCAAAGAUGAGAAAGUUGCAAAUGAGGUCGUUCUUAAAGGUGAAUUGAUUGUAGAUGAGGUUACAUUUACAGCAGUUUUCCACAGUCCAGAAAGGAAAACUCAAGAUGACGACAAAUUCACGGAUGUAGAUUGUAUAGAUUCAGAUGUAGACAAUAAGGAUGAUGUUCUGUUAAUUGUGUACCAGACCAUAAUAAUUGAAUUAAAUUUGCAUUCACAUUUAGAUAUGGACACCGGGCACGAUGAAGAUAGACUUUUUCCAUACGCACAGUUCAUUGAAACCUUAGGACUCAUGGAUUACUACCCUAACAAGAUCGGCAUUUCCUGUGUUAUGACAAUCGAUAUUGAAAAUGGAUCAAUGUUUGAUCAAGACCAGACAAAAAUAGAAAUGACCGAACUUCCAUGGAUACUUUUAAGAAGUCUUCUUGGGGUUGACUGUAAAGCAAGGGAUCGGGUAGCAUCAUUAAUUAAAGAAAGAUCAGGAAGUCAAGAGCAAUUAGAGCAAUUAAAAAGCGAUUGGUUAUUUACAGAAAGUUAUAAAGAUACUGAGAUAAACCCACUUGAUCUUUUCAUUACGGUUUACAAAUGUUGUGAUCCAAUGUUAAAGCAACUUUUGUUUCAAAAGUGUUAUUCUUGUAAACUCGCAGUCCCUUUUAUACAUGUACUUCAUGACUUCUCAUCACUGAUUAGUAGAUCGGUUGUCUCAAUUUGGCCUUUAAGAUGUCUUUUUAUCCAAAAUAGGUAUGUAAAUAAUGAAGCAAAAAGAAAUUUAAGCGUUGAAGAGGGCGUUUACGAGCACCAAACAAAUCUUAUAACAUUUGCGCGUAUCGGAAAAUCAGAUAAUUCUAAAUCAGAAAUGCUAAACUGGCUAUUAUCAGAAAAUAAUUGCAAGACAUUCUUUGAUAAAAAUUGCGCACCACAAAUGACCAUCCAUAAAUAUAGUGAAGGGCUCGUUGAAAUAUUUUGGCUUCCAGUAGAAGGUAACUCAAUGGAUAGGUUUAACAAUCCUGUCACAUUUUUAAACUGUAGAGGCAGCUUACACCUGUUUCAGAAAGAAGCAUUAGAUUUUGUGUCUAAAUUGACUGACAUCUUAGUUGUACUGUUAGAUAUUGAAUCUUUACAUGAAACAUCUAAGUGGCGUACAGAUGACUAUGUGUCAAAAUUUUCAUCGAUGAUAAUUAUCAUUGAUAAUCCUAUGAUAAGAAGAAACGAACCGAUUAUUAACACAUUCCGAUCAAAAAUACAAUCGCAGGGAAAUAUCUGUGAAUUCAUUUCUACUUACAAAGGUGAAAGAAAACUAAAUCCUUUUGAAAUGACAGGCAUCUUACAGCGGAAAUUGCAAAAUCUUCUCAUGAAAAUUGACACAGUGUCAUUGAAUACCCGCAUUACAUCUUGUCCUCAAAAUAUUGAUUUGGAUGAAAACAGCGGUUCGUGCAAAGUCGGGAAAAAACGUGCAGAGAGUAUCAUUGAAGAAAUGAAAGAUACAGGCAAGCCAUGGAAGACAACUAUUACCCCAGUUCAAACAACUAUAUCAAAUCGUAUAGCACCUUUGAUAAAGCAGCAACAACGUUUACAAUAUGAAACUGAAAUUAAGGAUAUUGAUGAACAACUACUUUCAUGGAGGCAAAGCUGCUUGGAUAAUGUGACAUCUACAGUAAGGAAAUUUGCAUUUCAUCUUUGCGAGACUCAUACACGUGAUCUUUCCCUCCAGUUUUUUCUUGGGUGGUUAAAUAUCAUGCUGGCAAAUAUAAAGAUGUCAACAGUCCACGAAAUACAAUCACAAUGCAACUUAGACAUCGACAGAUUACAAUCAAGAGCUUUAUCGGCCAUUAUUGUUAAACAAAAAGUCGACCUCUUACAGAAGGCAGCAGAAGAUGAAAUAGAAAAAUCUUCCUUUAGUACUGAGCAUCUUUUCCGCGAAAUAAAUCAUAUUUAUGAUGUGCUUUUGAUCUUAAAAAAAGAUUCUUGCCUCCCCCCCGUUGAAAAAAUGAAAGCUAUUGCAGCUGAAUUGUUAUAUAUUGGAUACACAUUUGAACUUGUAGAUGGUGACAAUUUCUUUUUGCCUACUCAUUGGGUAGCAGAAAUAUUGGAGUCCCUUUCACUUAAAAUUGAUCAUAAAAGUGUUCUGACACUUUCGGUUCUAGGACUUCAGAGUUCUGGAAAAUCGACAUUGUUGAAUACGAUGUUUGGGUCGCAUUUUGCUGCUUCAUCUGGGCGAUGUACAAAGGGCCUGAAUUUGCAAUUAAUUCCUAUAUCCCAAAGAAAUACCAAACGAUGUAACAUUAGAUACGUUUUAGUUGUCGAUACAGAAGGAUUGAGAGCUACAGAACUUUAUGAUUAUAACUUAAUUCAUGACAAUGAAUUGGCAACAUUUGUUACUGGACUUGGUGAUGUAACUAUUAUUAAUGUCAUGGGGGAAAACGUUUGUGAAAUAAACGAUAUUCUUAAUGUCACUGUUCAUGCAUUUAUACGAUUGCAAAAAGCUAAUAAGUCCCUGGAUAUUCGGAAGUCGUGUUAUUUUGUACACCAGAAUGUAAGUGGAAUAUUAACUGCACAUAAAACUAAGCCUGGGUUACGAAAAUUAGUGCAAAAACUAAAUGAUGCAACUAAAGACGCUGCUCAAUUGGAAAAUGUGUCUAACAUCAGUGAAUUUAAUGAAAUUAUAGAAUUUGAUAUGGAUUCACAAGUAUUUUAUAUGCCAUCACUUUGGCAGGGUAUUAGUCCUAUGACUUUUGUUAACAGUGAAUAUAGUCAGCAUGUUAAUCAUGUAAAGAACAUGAUGUUUAAGGGGGCUUUUGCUAAAGAAAAUAAGUCGUACAAAACGUUGAAAGAUUUGGUAAUCCAUAUGAAAGAUUUAUGGACAGGUGUUCUUACCGAAGAUUUUGUCUUCUCAUUUCGAAACAAUAUAGAAAUCAAAGCUUACAUACAUUUAAACGAAUAUUUCAAAAAGAAACACUUCAUAAUCGAAAGCCAAAUAUAUGAAAAAUGUUGUAUAUCUGCUAAACAAACGUUUUCCAAAUCUAUUGAUAUCAAGCAAUUAGACUAUGACUUUGACCAAGCUAAAUCUAAUACCGACAAAGCGAUAGACAAUGAAGAAGAGGAAUGGAAGCUAGACAUGGAUGCAUUUUUGAGAAAAAGUAGUUAUUCUGAACAACAAGUCCAUUGGAAAGGUAUGACAAUGACCCGCAUUUUCGCUACUUGCUUAGACCUAAAAAGCAAUAUAAAACUUGAAAUUUCUACGUUUCAUGAUGAUAGAGCUGUAGAGAUUUUGACAACAAUGGACAAAACAAAUGAAGAUGAUCUUAUCAAAAGAUCAUGGAAUCUGGCCAAGGAGUUAAAAGGAAACUUUUCAGACGAAAUAAUAAACUCAAAAUUUGAAAAAAUCUGGACAGAUAUUGCUCCUCAAUCACUUAUUCGUAGCUUUAUUGAAUCUACAUCAAUUGAUAUCAAAAAGGUAAUACACAUUUACUUAAACAAUCAUUUUGACAAAGAUAAGCCAUCGUUGAAAAAAAGCCUAGAUUCUCGCGAUGAGAAUACUGUAACAGAUAAGUUACAGGGUUCUUUUGAACAAUUAUGCAUAACAAAAAAAUAUUUACACAGAAAGGAAACAGAACAUGCAGUAUGGGAUCAUUUUAGAAUGCGUCGUAACAAGAAAAACAAAUUAGAAUUCAUUAAAAAUAACAUCGAGGAUCUUUUCGAAAUGGUUGAUAUCAUCAUUUUGCGGCAACUAAAAAGCAAUGUAAAAAUAACUGGUUCUGGUGUAAAAUAUUUCUUUGAGGAAGUAGAAAAGUAUUAUAAAGGUUUCGAAAAGUGCGUCACUAAGGAAUUCUCAUAUGACAUAGAACUUGAAAUAAAAAUAUUCAUACAGAUUGCUGAAUGUGCCCGAAAUUUGUUCGAAAAGCAUAAUGUAAAUUAUGAUAAACAUAAUGGUCCAGAAGCACGUCGCCAGCAGUACAAACAAAAAAUGAAAAAUAUUUUUAUGUCCUUCCUUCAUGAACGUAAAGUUGACGAAACUGCUGCAUCUGAGUUCAGUAACUCAGUCAAAUCUUCAGUUCAAAAGACUGUUAUACAAUUACUUACGAUGAAUAUCAAAACUGCAUUAUGUUCGCAUAUCGGUUCAAUGAAAUUUCAUUUGAUUUCAAACUUAUUAUCUGAUUUACUAACAAUGAAUGAUUAUACAUUAUUCUCCAAAUAUAAUCAUAACCCAAAAUUAUUUGCUGCACAGUGGAUCACAACACGGUGUAACAAGUUUCUGUUUUGUAAGCCUUCACAAAAGUAUUACUAUACGGCUCACAGCUACAUUGUGGAAUAUUUUGAAGACGUGAAGGAGUCAGUCAUUACAACUGCUGAAAUAUUUUCUAAAAGAUCUCUAUCUGAUUGUGAAAGUGUGGAGAUUAGUUCUGCAUCGGAUGACUGGAUUGACACAUUAUCGUCCAAAUUAAAAAAAUGCACAAUAUCUGCUUCUCAGUUUAAUCUUUUAAAGAACCUUCUACGACAGAAAGUUGACUUCGAGAAUCUCAAAGAGCUUAUAAUUAGAAAGCUAGAAGAAUCUGAAAAGGAACUUAAAAAACAUUUUCAGAAGAUUGAUAGUACAACAGUAACUUGGAAUAUAUCAGAAAAACUAGAUCCCAUAACAGAAGUAAUAAAGGAUACUUGGGGGUGUCCAGAAGAGUGUCCAUUUUGCGGUGAACCAUGUGCUAGAGAUAUUCACGAUGCCGACAAAAUACCUCACGUUUGUAUACAGCAUAAACCAAAAGGAUGUAAAGGGGUUCAUUUGUCAAGUUCAAAACAACUUAGUAUUAGUACAUGCAACUUUGCAGUUUCUUCAACAGAUUUAACUCAUGCAUGUUGUGUGUUUGACUACGCUUGUAAAUUGGGCACUGAGAAAAAGAAUUGUCCACUUGAAAACCACAAAUACCGUGAUUAUAAGCAGUUCAUCAAAAAUUGGGACAUAGAACCAAAUACAGAUAUGGAUGCCGUUUGUAAGUUUUGGAUGCUUUAUUUAAGUAGGUUUGCAAAGGACAUUACAAAGGACACUGACAUAGAAAUUUCCGAUAUCCCUGCGUCUUGGCAGAAUAUUUCAGAUAAAGAUGCGAUUGAAAGUCUGAGAAAACUUGAAAAUCGUCAAAUAUAG